AGUUUCCGUCACUCCUCAAUUUCGACGAACUGGGUGAGGCAGAACCGGGGACUGUUGCGUGCAUUGCGCCUUUGACGUCCUUGCACAGAGAUCGAAAGAACGAGACGAACCUCUCGUCUUCUUGUUCGCUGUGCCUUUCCUUCUCUGAGGAUCUCCUCCCUCGCGCACUGUUCCUCUCUCUCUUUCCUGUCGUUCGACUCGUUCUCGCAGAGAGAGAUCCGGUUUCGUGGAGCUUUGCGUUCUCUUCUCCGUCUCGGUUCAGUUCUGCUGUCUGGCAUUAUUGAGGGGACUGCUUUUUUCUGUGCAACGCAUGCGCAUGCGUACCGUUCGGCGAGAGGCGUCGUUUCUGAAGCCGUUUCUGUCUCGGCCUGGAACGAGAGUCUGUAGCGUUUCAGGAGUGACGGAUCGUGUGGGUCCGAUCCGACAGUGUCUUUGCCUGUCUAGAGACAUGCGCAUGCGGCUCCUGUACUUCGCUGGCGACUCAGCUGUUGCCCGCGCGUCGAUGCGCGUCGUCCAAGUCUCCUCGUGAACGUCAGUGUCCUCGCGGAUGAGUCGCUCUGUGAAGUUGGAGACAUGCUUCCUGGGUGAGCAUGUCUGCAUGCGCAGCUCAGUCCGGUUUGCCUUGGACGCUUCAGCCUUUGCGUCGAAGCUGCCCGAUCGGUCUGUCUACUCUGCGAGGUCGUUUUUGUGUCUGCGCGGAACGCCUCCGUCUCUCUGCAGUCGAGCGAAAUUGGCGCGUUUUCUUUUUCUCCAGAGUUCGUGAGAGACUGGACGCGAGCGAGUCUGAAGAACUACCAAGCCUGGUUUCACAGGCGCUGGGUCGUCGAGCGGCUGCUCGAGUGCAUGCGCGGAAACAAGACAUGCGGUGGCAAGAGCGAGACGACGGACCCCGAAGCAGAGGCGCUUCGAAGCGAGGAGGCUCUCUGUGAGGACGAACUCAAGGAUGUGACGGCGAUCUUGCAUAAGGACGCGAAAAACAUGUCUGCCUGGUCUCACCGGUGAGUGCAUGCAGCGAGGGAGCCUCCGGCCGACCUCCUGGGAGCUGUCUCCGGAGCGAAGGAGGGCGUUGCCUGUCUGUGUUUUUGAGGUGGACCUCUCAAUAGAGAUGUCGCAAACUUCCGCGUCGACUCCUGCUUCUUAUCAUGGCCGGCGCACUGCCGUUCAAAUGGAGUCUCGACAUGGUGGACGCAUGUGUGGACUGGCUGGGUAAAGAGGAGGUACUGAAGGUCUGAAACGUUGCAGCUCGAAGUCGAGAUCGAGUGGAAAGAAAACUGCAAGUCCUGAGCAUGCCCUUGAACGCUCGCAAAUCACGAGUCUCGUUUCCGGGGAACACUGAGUCGGACGCGAGUGAUCUUUCUUGCCUGUUAUGCGGCGUUCAACGCACGAGCCGUCGGACCGGUGCUUCCUCGUUUCUCGAACUAAUGAGCGCCACUGAAGCAUCUUCGUCGAGACUCGGUUGACUUUCUCGAGACUCGAGCAGAGCUCAAGUCCAUCGAACCAGUUCUAGAAACUAAAGAAUCCGCUGAGACGGCAGCUCCCCCAGAUCUUUCGAGAUCGUAAAGCUAGAAGUUUCGAGAGUUGACUGCAUGGCGCUCAAACAAGAAGAAACGACGGACGCCCGCGGACUCCGCUCCGAGAAUCUCUAUCCAUCUCUACCUUUGUUCUGUCUGUAUCUAUACAUAUGUAAUUGUAUACAUGUGUAUGCACACUCAGGUUUCUCCAGCGUCACAUGCCCUGCGGUGGAAGAGGAGCGUCCGUUUGGUUCCGCUUUGCUGUGCAGUUGCCUGAAUUUCUUUGAAUUGUUUUAAUUUUAGCUGGUGUUUUACUCGGGUGCAUCAAGGCGAGUCGCGACGUGACUGAGGCAUGAAGGUGGAAUUCUGCUGAAUUUCUUUUCUUUCUGUCGGAGGCCUUCCCCACACUGGCUUUUUCCAGGCUCGGAUGUUCGUCCCCGUCUCUUUGUGUCUCUCUUCUUUCUUGUUCUGUCAUGCGGCGUCUUUCGUUUUCUCUCUUUUCGUUCUUGUGGUUGUGUCUUCCGGGCGUUGUCUUCUUCUGGCCUUCUGUCCUUCUUUUCCUUUCUGCUGCCUCCUUUCUUCCUUCUGAAUCUCCUUUCUUUUCCCCCUUGUUCUCGCUUUGCCGGUCUCUCUACCUUCCUGUUUUCGGCGCGCUCCUGCGUCCCCGUCGUCUCCCGUUUUGCGUUUCUGCUUCGCUCGUCUGCAUCCUUUGUUUCUGCGCCUUCUGCGAGAGUUCCGUUCUCUUCACUUCCUCGCUGGAUUCUGCGAUCGCGCCCUCCUGCAGCGUCUGGAUUCGGAGCGUCUACGCCCAGCCUCUCGACGUCGAGUUUUCCUGGAACAUGCAGUGGCUUCGCGCAGAUCCAUUCAACAAUUCCGCGUGGAUGUUCAGGCAGUUUCUGGCCAACGAGAAGGCCGAAGGGAAGAGCGAACGGGGAAAGACGAGAUGUGCAGGCAGGCGUCUGCGCGAAGUCGCGGCGAGCGCCCCAGCAACCGCAGACGGAAAACAAUCAGAGGACGCCUACAAGCAAGACGAAGAGGAGCAGGACAUCGACCGGCGUCCGGAGACCCAGAAAACAGAGAAGACUGGAGAGAGACCUUCGGAAGAGGGGAAGAGAAGAAAUCUCCGACGAAAGGCGAAUGUAUGGACGGAAGAAGUUAGAUUCGCUCUCGUUUCCUGGAAUGCGCAUCCGAGCAACGAAGCAGCCUGUCGCUAUCUCCUGCAUGCAGCGAAGCAGGCGCUUGGCGCUCUCAGGCAGAUCGAGAGAGACGAGAUAGGAGAUUCAUCGGAAGCGACUGUGGAGACGAAACACUCAGUCAGCGAUUGGAGCGCUGCGGUCGAUGACGCCGCACAGAAAGACGCAAAUGAUGCAAACGACCCGGAGAUAGACAGUCCGAGGCUUCUUCAUCUUCUUCGUCGUUCUGCCGAGCGAGUCUGUGAAGAGGUAGCAACAUGCUACAUGCAACGACCAUCUUCUUCUUCGUCUCCUUCCUCUUUACGUUCUGACUCUUCUGCGUCUUUCUCGAACCAGGCGAACGACGAAGGCGCGAAGAAACAAACGGCAGCAUUUCCUGAUUCUCGAGGAGACGAAAGACCGUCUUGCCCGCGAGGCGAGCAGAAGGGAGCCUUGAGGUUCGCUCUGGAGAUGUUGCUUUUCUGUGCGAUUGAGCAGGGUCGACUCUGCGACGCAUGCACGACCUGCAUGCACCUCGCGGAGGUCGACCCCAUACGCAGAGCGUACUGGACCUGGCGCAGCGAGGCGUUCGCUUCCCAGUAGCUGAAUUCUUUUUCGCGCUUUGGAGAAGGGGACAGUCUUUCGUUUGGAACCAGAGGCGAACGCCUAGCGCGUGGAUGUGAGAAACUGGAAAAGGAAGGAUCGCUGUUCACACAAGUCAUUGGCGAAUGUGUGAGAAGAUCCCUUUGGAGAAGAAAGAGGAGACAAAGACAAGAACAGGAAAGGAACGCAGCAGCCGUGCUGCGUUUUCCCCUCCUCCUCGCUUUGGUUUCGUUCACUGUUUUUUUUCUUGUUCAUGUCCAUGUUUAACUCUCCUUUCUUUUCCAUCCUUUUUACUCAAAUCGCUCUCCGCUUUUGACUUCCUUUUGUUAUGCUUCUCUUUCUUCGUUCGCUUCUUUUUAUCCACCUCUUUCUGUUUCAUCAUUGUCACCUCUCUCCUUUCUCUCCACAUCCCGUCGCUGUCUCCAGCGCCUUCUGACUCUUCGCGCGCGAAAUCCGUUUUCCUUGUUCCGCAUGCGCCUCCGAUCUUUUGAAUUUGCCGUUUUCGCGCUUGUCUGCAACGCGACAGACGCGAAGUCACUGUCGCAGUCUCGGCUUCUCUGUUUCCCGUCUGCAAAACUCAGAAAGUGAACUCUUUGCGUUUGUCCGCCUCGCUGGUCCCUGGAAACGUAGGUGCAUUCGAAGUGGGCAAAUCUGCGCUCUGGCGAAAGGAAAAACCACCGGCCUGAACGCGGAGGAAACCUUUAGCGCGACUGUCUUAAUUACAUC